AAGUCCAAAAGUGCACAGAAGACUUCGGCCGCGGGAAUAGCUGCUGGGAAUAAUAUUGGCCAGACUGCGAAGCUCCCCUCUGAUUACAGACUAUCAGAUUUCACAAAGCUUCACAGUCAUAGCACAGCAGUAUAGCUUUGCUUCAAGAGUAUUUGAGUAUCACUCAUCAAAUAUGCCUUCGACUAAGUUCAGUGUGGCGGGCAAAAAUAAGGACAAAAUGUCCCUUAACAUUCUCUCGGUGGAUCCGAAAAAGGGCUCGGAGGGGGACUCCAGCUCGAAUGGGAAGGCUGGAGCUGCUGACCCGAAAGCGGGGAGUCAUAAUGGGGGUACGGGUUCAGAGGGAACUGGCGAUGCGAAGACUAUUACCAGUACAAUCACGAGCAGUCCCCAAACUGACGAAGUAAACAGGAAAGAAAUAGAGAAACAAGCAGCCGCUGCUCUCGAAAAGGCCAGGACGAAGCCAGUGGCUUUUGCUGUUCGGACGAACAUUGAUUACGACGGAAGUCAAGAUGACGACGCACCUUUCUACGGCAAGGCCAUAAGCUUCGAGGCCAAAGACUUCCUCCACAUCAAAGAGAAAUUCAACAACGACUGGUGGAUCGGGCGACUCGUGAAGGAGGACCAUGAUUAUGGGUUCAUACCCUCCCCCGCCCGUCUGGAGAAGCUAAGACAGCAGAUGAUACAGGCACAUAAGAGACAGCAGAACAAGGAUCGAAACUUUUCUCCGGGCGAAGUGCUGAGUCCCGAAGAGCUAGCAUUGCCGACAGUCGUUGACCCGGACGACGAGACCGUACCUGUCACCGCAACUACGCCCUCAGCUACUAAGGGGACUAAAUUGGACAAGGAGAAAGAAAAAAGAGCGAACAACUUCUUCAAGAAGAACGACAAUUCCCCUCCCUAUGAUGUGGUUCCAUCCAUGCGCCCUGUAGUUCUUAUAGGGCCAUCUUUAAAAGGAUUCGAGGUAACCGAUAUGAUGCAAAAGGCACUGUUCGACUACUUGAAGCACAAAUUCGAAGGGAGAGUAGUUAUCACAAGAGUGACAGCUGACUUAGCUCUUGCAAAGAGAUCAGUGCUUAGUGGGGCAGGCGCAACAUCUGGCUCUGCCUCUUCCAAAAUCAGGGCAACUACCGCUGCCUCUAAUUUGAUUGACAGGGGAGCCAUGUCGCCAGGCAUGCCUGGGGCUAAUCCAGGGGCAAACUCGCGGUCAUCAUUGGCUGACGUGCAGGCAGAAAUAGAGAGGAUCUUUGAGCUGGCCAGAUCUCUUCAGCUGAUAGUGUUGGACUGUGACACCAUCAACCACCCCUCCCAACUGGCCAAGACAUCCCUUGCUCCCAUCAUUGUCUACAUCAAAGUGGCUUCUCCCAAGGGCGGUGCGAAUAAAAAGGUUUUGCAGCGACUGGUCAAGUCUCGUGGCAAAUCUCAGAGUCGUCAUUUGAACGUACAGUUGGUUGCAGCAGACAAACUCGCUCAGUGUUCUCCGGACAUGUUUGACGUUGUGCUGGACGAGAAUCAAUUAGAGGACGCCUGUGAGACCCUCUACGUCUUCUUGGAGGCCUACUGGAGAGCGACACACCCACCCCUGCCCACCCACAAUAUUCCCCCCAGGCGCCCUAACCCCAGCUCGACUACUGUGGGGGGUCAAUCCAUAAGCAGGGCAGAUGCAAUUGAACAGAGGAGAGGAGAGAGAUUAAUCGCAGCAGCUAUGUCGGAGGCCUCGACCAGACGACCACCUCCGAACAAAGAGGAACACACGGCUAGUCCUGCUGAAUCCGAUUUGAACCGACAUAAAGACACGAUGGAUGUACUGAGUCCGAGAUCCAUAGAAUCAGAAAUAGGAACUCCUCCUUCGAUUUCAAAUAAGGAAACGAAGGAAAUCAAAGCUGAAAGCUAUAAAGAAAAGCGCAGAGAUGAAACUACUGAAGUUGAGAUGCAUCAUACGAUACAGCUGAAAGAGCCUAAAGAUGCCUCAGUGUUAAAGCAGAGAAACCAAAGAAGAGCUCAAAGUGAAAUAGUAGAAAGAGAUUUAAGACUUAAUGAGUUCCAAAAUCAAAACGGUGUGUCUGCACGUCUUCCAAGAGCUCAAUACAACCCAGCUAAUUUCAUUGACGAGGACAUGGAGUCUGAUUUCAACAAUCGCAAUCAUAGUUAUAUCUUUCCAGCAUAUGCUAAUAACCAACCACCUUUCAAUUCUAUUGGACAACCAAGUCGUUCCAUGUCAAAUCUGGCAUAUAGACCUCCGCCGCAACAUUAUGCAAAUCCGAGAUCGUACAACCCCAGUUUUGCACGAAGUCUGAACCCCAGCUCCUCGUUCAACCGACCCAGGCUAAUGCCCAGAGUUCCCAUAAAUGAAUCAAGUCUCCAGAGGCCUAGAACUUAUACUGUACGCCCAGUGUAUAGGGCAUCGUUUCAAAUGCAAAGCUACCAAAGAUAUCCUGGCUUCGAAAUGAGAAACCAGGCGCCAUAUGCGCCGAAUGUAAUCGGACGUUGGCCUUCUAAUAUGAGUAUGAGAGGAGGUCUGGCAGAGAGACUUGAGGCCGAGAGGGGAGGAGGCGGCUCAGUGGAGCAUGGGGACAGUAGGAGUGACCGCCGGAUAGCCAGGGAGCAUAGACACGCCCUGGGAGUCGUCCCACCCCAGCGACAGCCGUCCAGGCGUGGAUAUUCGAGGAGUCCCGCGCCAUCUCGUCAUGAAGGGGGACAUGGUGUAGACUACAGCAGUUCCCUGAAGAGAGAAAGGAACUACAACUACGACCAACAGCAAAGAUACGAACAGUCCAUGGCAAUGCGAAACCAACAAAUGCUCACAAACAGAUACUAGAGAAAACAAUACUAGAGAUGUGCAAAAAAUUGGAACAGACAAAAUUAAUUAAGAAAAGGAAUCUGUCAAUUUUGAAACUUGAAUUUUCAGGCGAACUUGUGGCGUCUUCGUCCUAAAUAUCUAGAUUUUGCGUUCACAAAAUUGCUUUCUGAAGUAAGGCAAUUAAAAAAGUUGCUCUUAAAUAUUUCCGUAUGUUCCUCCUUUUUGCCAACUGGUGAUGUAUAUUGUUUGUAAAAUCACUCGAAACCGGAACAAACAUUUUUAUUUAGUGAAAGAAAAAUUUGUCGCGGUAGACACAUGCAAUAUUUUUUCCAAACGUCCCCGAAUUGAAAUUUGUAAAAGUGCAAAUAUUGUCUUGAAAUGUAGUUGAAGAAAAAAUUUGCCAUUUUGAUGUCCAUUGUUGCUAUUUAAUUUGAAUCUACUAACAGCUUUGAAUUUGUAUCAUCCACAGGUUGUAAAAUCAUCAUUAUAUAACUUGACCCAAUUUGAAUUUCGAUUAACAAUUAUAGAAUUUAGAGUAGUCUUUUCACAA